GACGGUUUGUCAUUGAAUGUUUUGCAACUGAACCGAUUUGAUUCUGCAUUAAAGGUUUACCAUUGAACGUUCUGUUAUAUGAAACUGUUUAUCUGGCAUGCUAAAAGUUUUACCCAAGGGCUAUCCAUAUUUACUUACUGAGUUAUCUCAUAGUUUUCCCUUGUCCACCAUUUCAGGAAGCGAAACUGAGGACGGGAAACCAAGGGGAGUGACGAGUUAGAAGGCUAGCCAUUUCGAGAUUGACAUAGAUUUAGAAAUAAGUCAUGAUCCUGUAAGCUAGAGUGUAUUUGGAGAUUUUAUGAUAUCAGAGCAGAUUGUAAAAAUUUUAUCUUGAGAUUUUGUGGUAUCAGAUUGUGAUUUGAAUAAGUUCCGAACCUUGUGCACUUGUGGGACCUGUCUCACGGGUGCACGGCGUCUGUCGCGUCCUCGGAUUUGGAUUCUGGGGCGUGACAAAAGGGACUUAAAAGAGAAAAAAUUAGGAUAAGGAUGGCUGAAUUUCUUUUCCUUCUUUCUUUCUUCCUCAACCGUGUGUUUUGCUUCUUCUUCUCCCCUGCAACCGAACAAGAAACCCCAAGCCCAACAACACCACCCACUUGAAAAAACGGUAAAAAGCUUGAUUUCUUUCCCUUCUUUUCUUGUUGAAGAACAAGAUUUAGACUUAGAAAUCUUCCCCUCUGCAGAAAAAUUCCAGAUGGGCUCUGCUCCCUCCCUCUUCGUCCGUUGCUCUGCUGUGUGGGUGUGAUUUUUCAAGUUUCUAGUAAGGGAAACAGCCACUAAUUCCUCUUUUCUCCUUUGAUUUGGCUUGAGUUUACUCUAAUUUCUUUUGGUUUCUCCAAUUUUCGGUAGAUCCCCUGAUUUCUCCUUCCAUUCCCGUCGGCCUCCCCCAAACCCGCCAGCUCCGGUUUGCUUGCUGAAGUUUCUGGUAUGUGACAGCUCCAUCAAAGUCCAAAUUUACCCAGUAGUUGCUGAAAUUAUCCAUUUAUUUGCUGCCCCUGUGCUGUCCGAAUUUCUGCUGAAAUAGGGGAUGAAUUCCGGUAGCAAUUUGAACAAAAUUAAGCUUAAUUCAUGUAGAAUACAUGUGAUUGGGUAUUAAUUAGCUGCUGUUAGGUUCUGGAGAAAAAUCUUGUGAAAUUAGCUAUUGUUUUUGCCAAGGCCGAUUCCUCCAUGUUGUCUAUGAAAUUGGAGAAUUGUGUAUAUGCGUGUUUAUGCAUAUAUAAAUGCACAAUCUGAUUUUUGUGCUCAAUUUCAGAUAGAAGAAAAAUAAGGAUAAAUAAAUAAAUAAAAUUUUUUUAUGGGAUUGAUGGCCAGCAACAAUAGGAGAGUUUAAAUGUUUAGUUUAUAUUGAGAAUAAAAUUGAGAUGUCCGAUCAUAUGAUUAUUAAUUCUGGAAUAUUUUGGUUAGGUUCUUGAUUAUUUUGUUACCCUAGCACUUGAAGUGAAUUUUCUGUGUUAUGCAACUGAGGUAAGUAAAUUAUGGUAACGCCCUUCGAUUUCAAAGUAAAAGCAUAUUCUAAAU